CGAAUAGACAGGAGUGCACGUGGACAUGCGUUCUGUAUCAUAUAUGUUUUAAACACAUGUAAUUAUGAAACAUGUAUGUUAUUAUUCGUGUUAAGUAUAUAUUCUUUUUAUGUUGCAGAUAAAAGUGAAAGCGAAUUUGAGAAUGCCGCGUACGAAGCAGAGCUUGCGAUCAAAGAUGGCCAAGAAAAGGAUGGCGGACCGGAUGGCUGCUGAUCUUGCAGAGAAGCAUUACAUCACAGGCUCUUUCCAUCAAGGAGAUGCUCGUUAUGUCCAGAAUUAUGGGAAGCAAUGUGCAGUUAACAGUUUAACUGCAAUUCUGAUGUGUAAAUUGAAAAAUGUUUUUCAGUGGAGCACCAGUGAUAUUAAUUCUGUGUUGUUGCAUGGUGAUCAGUUUUAUUCAGACAUCAAAGCUGCUGGAAAGAUCAGUGACCACAUCAACGGCUACAUGUAUGUCGAGGAGCUGCCAGACUCACACACACUGAAUGAUUGUAGUUUUGCAAUAAACUAUGGUACAACUUUAAGUGGUUUCUUUGGUGUUAAUAAAUAUCAGAAAGAUAUGCGUGAUGUUUACAUGUCUUUAGAUCAAGCACUGGCUCGAGCAUUUCAGAAUUUUGAUGCGUGUUUGGUAAAUAUCCAGCGAAGCAUAUGUGCAGCAGUAAAGCAAGGCUCCUGGUAUGCAGUGAUUGAUCCACAUUCACGAAAUCCUGACGGAACAUUAGCAUGUGAGGGUAAGAGUGUAGUGGUUUACCACCAUAACAUGACAUCACUGUGCACGCAUUUUAAGAAGCUUGGAGCGUCACUGGAGGCAGACGGUACUCCCUUUGAAGUAACUGGGGUAAAUGCAAACAUGAUUGAUGUGCCUUCUGUCUCUGUGUACAGUCCAGUAGUCGAGACGAAUGCUGAAGCUAAACAAGAGGGAAAAAUUGAAAUGGAAGUCGAUGUUAGCCCCAAUCCUGGUUUCAUUGAUGUCACAAGCACAGACAAGCUAUUUGUUAAUGAAACAUCUUUUCAACACACACCUGAAGUAAUUUGUGUGGAGUCAACAAAUGAAAAUACAAGUGAUGUUGAAUUUAUUUCCCAAACUGUCAAUGAAACUUUUCAGUUUAGUCCAUUAACAGUGCAGCAACAAAAAAGUAUUUGUUUAAAGUUGAACAUGGUAAACAUUGUCAGAGAACAGAAUGAUGCAAGUGUGGCUGAUGAAAUGGCUGAGCCUUGUGUAACUAAAAGUAUUGUAGGAGAUGGAAAUUGUUUUUUCCGUGCAGUAACCUAUGCUGUAUCUCAGGAUGAGACAGAACAUAGAAGAAUGAGACGAGCUGUUGUCACACACAUACUGCAGAAUGAAUCAAACUACACACAGUAUCUCCGAGAAGGACACAGUUCUGUAGCAGACUACAUUUCCACAUCAAGGAUGAAAUAUCUCGGUGUUUGGGCAACAGAACUUGAGAUUCAGGCUACUAGCGAUUUAAUUGGUGUUGACAUAUUUACAUACAGUGAUAAUAAAUGGCUUAAAUAUUCAUCCUCAAAUGUCUCAUCGAAGAGACAUGUCUGUCAAAGCAAUGGAAUUUACCUGAAACAUGUCAAUAGCUGUCAUUAUGAAGUUGUUUUAUGUGUGAAAACCAAUAAUAGUAGCUGUGCCUCCUUUUGUAAAUCUCUAUCUGAAGAUGAUUCAUUAAAACGUACACCAUACUCACGUAAGCAGUACAGGGAGAAACUCCAAUACACCACCAAAAAUGACUUUCAAAGGAAGAAAAACAUCACUGCUAAGAAAAGAUAUCAAGAGGAUGAAACUUACAAAGAUAAACUGAUGAAAUUCAGCACUGAGAAAUACAAGACAAAUGAACAGCAUCAAGAAAAGAUCAAACAAUAUAGUAAAGAUAGAUAUAAAUUUGAUGAUUUGCAUCGUGAGGUUGUGAAAACGUUUAGCACAGAGAAGUAUGCUAAUGAUGAAAUACACAAACAAGCUGUGAAAGAAUUUAGCCACCGAAAAUACCAUGAGAAUGAAAUACACAAACAAGUUGUGAAAGAAUUUAGCCACCGAAAAUACCAUGAGAAUGAAAUACACAAACAAGCUGUGAAAGAAUUUAGCCACCGAAAAUACCAUGAGAAUGAAAUACACAAACAAGCUGUGAAAGAAUUUAGCCACCGAAAAUACCAUGAGAAUGAAAUACACAAACAGGCUAAAAAAGAGUUUAGCCACCGAAAAUACCAUGAGAAUGAAAUACACAGAAACAGUGUUAUAGAUUAUAAUAUACAGAAAUAUAGAAAUGAUGAUGGCUUUGCCAAUAGGAUCAAAAUAAGAAACACUGAAAGAAGAUGUGAGACACAGAUGAAUAAAAAGGACAUUGACUUUGUGAUGGAACAGUUUAAAGAUAAAAUAUCUACAGGUCCUGAAUAUGUUUGUUCAGUUUGUCAUCGCUGUUGCUUUAAAAUGCAGGUUAAACACUGCAAAAUAGAUACAUACUUUCAAAAGUCAGCACAAUGCAGGUAUGUUGCAGAAAAAUGUGUAACAUUUAAUUAUGUACAUGAGUGUGAUCAAGACUGUUGUGAAGACUGUGUUUACAGAAACAGCUCAGCUGCAUCUUUGUGGAUUUGUCACACAUGUGAUAGAAAAAUUUCUCAAUGUAAAAUGCCUGCUGAAAGUGUAGCAAAUAAUCUUGCUCUGGAUCCUAUUCCUCCUGAAAUGAGCUGUUUAAAUUCUCUUGAGGAACAUCUAAUAGCAAAGCACAUUCCAUUCAUGAAAAUGCUGGCAUUACCACGUGGAGGACAGAAUGGUGUUCAUGGACCAGUGACUUGUGUUCCAUCUAAUGUUACAGAUGUUGUGAAUGUUUUACCAAGAUCAGAAAAUGAUGAUUUGAUGAUUCGUGUAAAGCUCAAGAGGAAAUUAACAUAUAAAGGGCAUUAUGAGUAUAAAUAUGUACAUACUGAAAAGAUAAAGACAGCGCUGGCAUACUUAAAGGAUAAUAACAAGUGGUAUACAGAUGUGGACUUUAAUGAAACUUGGAUUAAUCCUCUGAGUAAAACAGAAGAGAUUGUUGAGGAAAUUGACAAUAAUGAGCAACUUUCAGAGAAUUGUCAGGACAUGUGUGUUGAGACAGAGAACAAAACUGAGAAUGAAGAUGAUGAGAUGACUGAUGAGACACUUCAUGAUAGACAACAGCAUGGAUUAUAUAUGGACACAUGCCUUCAACCAGUGGAUAUUGGACAAGAAAUUUGUGAUCAGCAUUUUGAUGGCAUUAUGUCACUUGCACCAGCGGAGGGCAAUAAUCCAGUGAGAAUGUUAAUGGAUGAAACUAAUGAGGCCAAAUGUUUUCCAGUUCUAUUCCCAAAAGGAACAGGAACAUUUCAUGAGUCAAGACAGGAAAAACUAACAAUUUGUAAAUACUUGAAAAAUAGAAUCCUAAACGCAGACGGACGUUUUGCUCAAAACCUAGAUUACAUAUUUUAUGGCCAAUAUUUGUCUGAGUUGAAUCAAGUUAUUUCAAAUGUAUCAAUUGCUUUAAGGAAAGGUUAUCAUACUGAUAACAAAACAAAAAUUACUCCAGAGAAGCUGACAAACAAAGAAUCACUUCAAAAGAUUUUGAAUUUUGAUCAGGGUUACAAAUUCUUAAAGCCAAUAAGAGGAUCACCGAGUUUCUGGAGCUCCUGCCAACGAGACCUUUUCGCAAUUUUGCGUCAACAAGGCCUACCAUCGUUUUUUGCGUCAUUUUCAUCAGCUGACUUGCGCUGGCCAGAGCUAAUGCAGACUAUUGCGAGACAAGAGGGCUGUGAAACUCCUAUUGAUGAACUGGACUGGUCUGAGAGAUGUGGAAUGCUUAAACGAAAUCCAGUAAUUGCUGCUCGUAUGUUUGAUCAUAGAUUUCACUGCUUUCUGAAAGAUGUGAUUAUGUCACCAGCUCAACCAAUCGGGAAAGUAAUUGAUUAUUUCUAUCGUGUAGAAUUUCAGCAGCGUGGAUCACCUCAUACACACUGUCUGUUUUGGGUUGAAAAUGCCCCUCAGGUUGACAAAGAUGAUGAUAAAGAUGUUGUUGCAUUUGUUGAUCAGUAUGUCACUUGUGAAAUGCCAUCUGAGGAAGAUGAACUGUAUGAAAUUGUGAGCAGUGUCCAACAACACAGCAAAAGACAUUCAAAAACAUGUAGAAAGAAAGGAACUGUGUGUAGAUUUAACUUUCCACGUCCACCGAGCAAAAAUACUUUCAUUACAAGAAGCAGUAAUACUGAUAAGGAUAAAAAGGGAGCUGAUGAUAAAAAACAUGAAAAUACAAACAACUGUAAAGAAAUAUCAAGUGAGGUAGCUGAAUCUAUAUUAAAACAAGUAAAAGAAUGUUUGUUGAAUAGUGAUGCUGUCUUUGACUCAGUUGACUCUAUGUUUGCGUAUCUUGGUAUAAAUCAAGAAAUAUUUGAAGCAGCGUACAACAAACUGACGAAGAAAACAAGUGUUCUGUUGAAGAGAAAGCCAAGUGACGUGUGGGUGAAUCAGUAUAAUCCAGAUCUGUUACGCUGCUGGAAUGCAAAUAUGGACAUACAGUUUGUUGUUGAUGCUUACUCUUGUGUUGUUUAUAUCAUUUCCUACAUUUCCAAAGCUGAGAGAGAAAUGGGAUUGCUGCUGGCUAACGCUCAAAAAGAAGCACACAGUCAAGGUAAUAUGGAUGCAAGACAGGCUUUAAGAAAACUUGGAAGUGUGUUUUUACAUAAUCGAGAGGUUUCAGCUCAAGAGAGUAUUUAUCGGUUGACAAACAUGAGAUUAAAAGAAGCAUCAAGGAAAGUGGUUUUCAUUCCAACUGGUCCUAAUACAGUGAAAAUGAGUUUACCAUUAAACGUAAUGCAGAAAAAAGCUGAAUGUGCAGAAAACGACAGUGAUGAGAUAUGGAUGAAAAGCAUCACAGACAGAUACAGAGCUCGACCAAAAACAAAUCAAUUUACUGGAAUGUGUUUAGCAACUUUUGCUUCAGAAUACAGAGUUUUGAGUAAAUCUGAAACCUCAUGUUCAGACAGAGUAACACUGGAAAAUGACAUGGGAUUUGUGAGAAAAAGAACUCGCACAGGCUUUGCUGUUGUACGAUACGCACGUUUUUCACCCACUAAAAAUCCAGAAAAUUAUUUUCAAAGUAUUUUGGAAUUAUUUUUGCCUCAUUUUUCUCAAAGCCAACUGAAACCACCAACUUUUACCUCCCAUAAGGAUUUUUAUGAGACUGGAUAUGUAAACAUUAAUGAUGAGCUUGAGUCAGUGAAAAUGAUUGUGGACACAAACAUGGCAAAAUUUGAAAAAGAAGCAGACACAAUACAGAGAGCUCAAGAUGAUCUAGAUAAACAUGGACCAAUGGAAGAUGCUUGGGCUGAAAUCUGUCCAGAAGCUGAACUUGAGCGUUUAGAAUGUCUUGAGAAUAAACAACAAAUAGAAACAGAAAAAGAUGAUGAUGUCAUACCUGAUCUAUUACCAAACGAAGGUGUUUCCAAAAUAGAAAACAAUCCUUCUGCUAUGACAAAACAAGAUGCUAUGGCAUUACUACGAUCAUUGAAUGAAAAACAGUCACAAAUCUUUUAUAAAGUCCGUCAGUGGUGUUUAGCAAAAGUACAAGGUGAGUCCCCAGAUCCAUUUCACUUGUUCAUAUCUGGUCCAGGAGGCGUGGGAAAGUCUGUACUGAUUAAAGCAAUCCAGUAUGAAAGCAGUCGCAUCCUUUCAAAGCUGUCAGAGAAUCCAGAUGAGACACACGUGCUGUUAACAGCGCCCACUGGUGUUGCUGCUUAUAAUAUAAACGCUGCUACAAUCCACAGCACUUUCUCUAUCGGAACAAAUGCAUCACUGCCAUAUCAACCGCUUGGAGAUGAAAAAAUUAAUUCAUUGAGAGCCAAAUUUGGAAAACUGCAAAUUUUGAUUAUAGAUGAAAUUUCAAUGGUUGAUCAUAAACUCCUUGCAUAUAUUCAUGGAAGAUUGAGACAAAUCAAACAAACAGGUGAUUAUUCUGCAUUUGGAAAAGUCUGUGUCAUUGCAGUCGGAGAUUUUUAUCAGCUGUCACCUGUUAAAGGAAAACCACUUUACACUGAACCAAUAAACAGUGUGAAUCUUUGGGAAACUAACUUCAGUUUCGUUGAACUUAAAGAGAUUAUGAGACAAAAGGACAAAAGGUUUGCAGAAUUAUUAAAUCGUUUGAGAGUACAUAAAAAAGGUGAACCAAUGCUUGAACAAGAUGUUGCUAUGCUUAAACAAUGUGAAACUGGUGAUGGAGAUGAAAGCACAGCUAUCCACAUUUACGCUACUAACAGAGAAGUUGAUGAACAUAAUAUAAAGAUGUUGUGUAAAUUGUGUUCUGACACAGUAACUAUAAAUGCCAAAGACUUUGAGAAAAAUGUUAAAACUGGCCGAAUGGAAAGAAAAGAUGGGUUUCAUGUCAGAAUUCAUAACAGUUCUUUAGAGAAAUCUCUUGAGUUAGCUGUUGAUGCUCGAGUAAUGCUGCUGAAGAACAUUAAUGUUUCUGAUGGGCUUGUGAAUGGAGUUUUUGGGACAAUUAAAGAAUUCUGUUAUGAUGAUGAUGAAACAUUUCCAGCCAAAAUGUAUAUUGAUUUUGAUGAUGAAAGAAUUGGUAAAGAAGCCAGAAGUAAAAACCCAUGUUUAAAACCUGGAUUGGAGAAAUGUACACCAAUUGAACCUGCAGAAGAAAAAGUCACAAGCGCUGGGGGCAUCAGAAUACAGUAUUCCCUGAAACUUGCUUAUGCAUGUACAGUUCACAAAGUACAAGGUCUCACAGUGAAUAAAGCUGUUGUGUCAAUGAAGAAGAUAUUUGCUCCAGGACAAGCUUAUGUUGCAUUGAGUCGUGUGACUUCUCCUGAUGGACUGAUCAUAGAAGAUUUUCAGGAGAAAGUUAUUUUUGCAAAAGAUAACAUUGUACAAGCUUUGCAGAGUAUGCCACCGUUCAUUCUUCCAUGUGAAACAACAGUAAGUUCAACAUUUCAAAUGAUAUUACACAAUGUGCAAGGGCUUAUUCCACAUAUCUCAGACAUUCGACAUGACAGUAGAUAUUUUCAAGCAGAUAUGAUUUGUGUGACAGAGACAUGGCUAAAACCAAACUAUUAUGAUAAUGAUAUCAGUCUUGCUGGAUACUAUUUUCAUGACAAAGCACGAAGUGAUGCAUAUGACACAAGCCAAGAUGUUUUUGCGAAACUAAAAGAGGAAAAUCAUGGUGGUGUGGGUGUAUAUCACAGAGAGAAUGUAGAAGUUAUUGUACUUGAUUUACCAUGUAUUAACAUUGAAUGUCUAAUGUGCAGGGUUGAACAUUUAAACACAACUGUUGCAGUCGUGUACAGACCUCCAUCAUAUAAUUUACUGUUGUUUAGAGAGAACUUGAUUAACUUCAUCAAUGAAAUCAACAGUUUACAAGGAGGCAAAAUCAUUCUUGGAGAUUUCAAUGAAAACCUUCUCAAAAAAUCAACUAUUCAUGAUGUCAUGCAGCAGUUUGGCUUCAGACAAAUAGUUUACAGUGCAACAACUGAGAGUGGCACAUUGAUUGAUCAUGUUUACAUAAAAGAUGUUGAGUUGGAUAAAAUAAAGAUUGACAUAAUGCCCACAUACUUUAGCUACCAUGACUGCAUUGUCUGUGGUUACACCCUACCGUACCUUUAA